CGUCGUCGUCGUCGUCUCCAACACCAUCCACGUUCUUUCUUCUGCCUCCGACCACUUCAGGGAAUAUUUCUCGCAACGUCGAUGCUAUGAACUCGUCCGUACUUUCGGCGUCAUCCUCAAGCCUUCCGUCGUCUGCUCCACUGCCAUCGUCGCACCAUUCUCUCGACAAUGUCCCUGCACACCAUGCUAGUCCCGUCGUAGCGUUCAUUAUUGGUCUCGGCAUUGUCACUCUUGCAUCCAUCAUGAAUGCUGCGGGAUUGAAUCUCACGAAGCUAGAUCAUGUGCGAACAAGUGCAAUUCCUAAAGCAUCGCGGAGAAAAGACUGGCUUAGACCAUUAUGGCUGCUGGGCAUGGUAUUAUACGUUCUCUCGCAGCUCAUCGGGAGUACACUUGCGCUGGAGUAUAUGCGUGCAGAAUACGUUGCACCCUUGGGGUCUACCUCACUCAUCUUCAAUUUUCUAUUCGCUAAAUUCCUGGUUAAUUCUCCCGUCACGAAUAAUGAUAUUUACGGCACAAUCAUUGUAAUCAUUGGUGUCAUUGGCAUCGUCGCCUUUGGCUCCAUUAACAGCGGGUUCAACACAGAAACUGACGCACAUCAUCUGACACACCUCUGGAACCGGGGCAACUGGCUGGCAUACUUCUUCUUGCUAUCUUUCGCCCUCAUCGCUCUCUCCAUCUUCAUCUCGCAAUUGGACGCUGUGCUUGCGUCUCGUGCCGACCUCAGCGCCGUACCAUUCGACAUGGAGUCGCCCACCAAAGGACCUCCGCCCAAAAAUAUCUUGCGCAGGGUCGCGAAUAUGUACACUCGGGCUAUGCACAUCAUCCGCGGCUACCUCGAGUCUUGGACAUCUUCUCAUGAUGACAAGCGUAUCGCGUGGACGCUGGGAAUUGGGUGGGCGUGCCUCGGUGGAGCACUUGCUGGAGGUUGUCUUGUGUUUGCAAAGGCUGGGGUUGCUCUCAUCUCCGGAGCGGCGUCGCACAUGAAUACAGGCAACCAAUUUGGCCAAGCGUCGUCGAUAUUCACCUUCUUACUCCUUGCCGUGACCGCGGUGUCGCAGAUCAUUUGCCUCAACCGCGGUCUGAAGGUUUACGACUCGACUCUAGUCGUCCCCGUAUUCUAUGGUGUAUAUACCGCCAUGGGCUUCCUUAACUCUUUAAUUUUCAAUAAUGAAGUUGACGCUUACCAGUCCUGGACGCUCUUCCUGAUUUUCUGCUCCAUCCUCAUCCUCAUCUCCGGCGUUGUCCUGCUCACGAACAAGAAGCCUGAUCCGCAGCCUAAGACACCUGGCUUCAGGUCCACAGACGACACGACGACGACGGUCUCCCUGCCACCAAACACCCGCCGCCGCGCACGAAGCAGAGUCGGCGACGAGGAAGAGGGUAUUCUGUCUGCGGAGGGCGGAAGCACGGCGCCCUGGCAGCUCGGCGACGCGAGCGACGAUGAGGACGGCAGCUUCCCGUCCACACAGCGGCACGCCGCGGAUCGGCCGUGGGCCGGGGCCGGCGGCAAGGGCGAGCGUGCACGGAUGAUGGAGGAUCACGACAGCGCCGACGAGGCGCCUCGGGGAUCGACAUCCUCGGACGCGACGCUCGCGCGCCCCGAACAGGAUGGGGACGCGUAUUCCGACGAGUUUGGCGACUGGAAAACCGGCAAGGCGGGGAUCUAGGGCGCUGCAUGGUGCAUAUCUGGAAGGGCGAGUUCUGCAUUUAUUAUAUAUACUAGGUGCUUUGAUAGGUAUAGAAUCAACGUAAUUCGACACACGGGCUUUUGACGACAUACGCUAUAAUUAUAGAGACAGUGAGAUACAACACGG